AUGGCUAAGGACACGAAGCGCAAAGCGACCGACGAACCGACCUCUCCCACGGCGGCGAAGCGCGUCAAGGUCGACGAGUCAGUCGAGCCCGAGAAGAAGCCCCUCAAGGUUCCGGCAAUCCCCUUUCCGGAAAAGCCAGCCGUAAUCGAAGAGCGCAAUGGCGAGAUCGAGUUCCGAGUGGUCAACAACGACAACGAGCGCGAGAGUCUUAUUAUCCUUACCGGCCUGAAAUGUAUCUUCCAGAAGCAGCUCCCGAAAAUGCCCAAGGACUACAUUGCGCGCCUCGUGUACGACCGAACCCAUUUGUCGAUAGCCAUUGUGAAGAAGCCUUUGGAAGUGGUAGGAGGCAUCACGUACCGGCCGUUCAAGGGCCGCAAGUUUGCCGAAAUCGUAUUCUGCGCCAUCUCUUCGGAUCAACAAGUCAAAGGCUACGGCGCGCAUUUAAUGUCUCAUCUUAAAGAUUAUGUGAAGGCGACCUCGGAUGUGAUGCACUUCCUGACUUACGCUGAUAACUAUGCUAUUGGCUAUUUUAAGAAACAAGGGUUUACGAAGGAAAUCACGCUCGACAAGUCAAUAUGGAUGGGUUAUAUCAAGGACUAUGAAGGGGGUACCAUCAUGCAGUGCACCAUGCUGCCACGUAUCCGGUACUUGGAGAUGGGUCGCAUGCUGCUCAAGCAAAAAGAAUGUGUCCAGGCUAAGAUUCGGGCCUACUCAAAGUCGCACAUCAUUCACCAACCACCAAAGCAAUGGCAGAAGAACGGCGUUGCCCCGAUAGACCCCUUGUCGAUAGAAGCCAUCCGCGCCAGCGGUUGGUCUCCCGACAUGGACGAACUUGCCCGCCAGCCCCGCCACGGUCCGAACUACAACCAGCUUUUGCACCUCCUCAACGAUCUCCAGAACCACCAGUCUGCCUGGCCGUUUUUGAUGCCCGUCAAUAGAGAUGAGGUGGCAGAUUACUACGACGUGAUCAAGGAGCCGAUGGACCUCUCGACAAUGGAGACCAAGCUCGAGGCCGACCAGUACGCCACGCCGGAGGACUUCAUCAAGGACGCCAAGCUGGUGUUUGACAACUGCAGGAAAUACAACAACGAGACGACCCCGUACGCCAAGUGCGCGAACAAGCUGGAGAAGUUCAUGUGGGCGCAGAUCCGUGCUAUCCCGGAGUGGUCACAUCUCGAGUCUUAG